CUGUGGACGGGGUUGCUAUGGGCUUCGGGUUAUGAGGGCAGAGAUUUGAUUGAGAUUCUAUUGGGCCACCUUUAGUGCAAGAAAUUGAGAGUGAAGCUCUUUAAUUUUGAAUUUGCACAUUUCAACUUGAAUUCAAGCAACUUCGAAUAGCCAUGGCCCCGAAGAAAAACGCACGAGGACACAAAAUGAAAGAAGCCAAAGCACAGCUGGCCAGUAAGAAUGGCAAGAAGCCUGAGGUAGCAGGAGGAAGCUCCUUCUUCACCUGGUUCAUGGUUCUUGCCCUCCUGGGCGUCUGGACCUCUGUGGCCGUCGUCUACUUCGACCUGGUCGACUACCAAGGCGUCAUCGCCAAUGCAAAGGACUUGCACAUUAAGCUCUCUGAGACACUGCAAGGUCAACUUUCGUCCUAUGAUGCUGAUGGAGAUGGUGACUUCGAUGUGGAGGAUGCUAAAGUACUGCUAGGGCUGAAAGAGAAGGCUACCGUCGUCAUUACCAGAGAUGCAGCACCAGAGGAGGCUCCUGCAGCACCUGUGGAAGAAGAACCCGUUGUUGAAGAAGUGAUCGAGGCCACAGAAGCAGAGGAAGUUGCUGCUCCCCUACCAGAGCCUGAGGUUGUGGAAGAACCUGAGGUGGUUGAGGAGGAAGACGAGCCAGAGGUGGAUGAGCCUGAAAUCAUUGAGGAAGAGCCUGAGGUUCUGGAGGAGGAAGAAGAGCCUGAAAUCAUUGAGGAAGAGCCUGAGGUUCUGGAGGAGGAAGAAGAGCCUGAAAUCAUUGAGGAAGAGCCUGAGGUUCUGGAGGAGGAAGAAGGGCCUGAGGUGGAUGAGCCUGAAAUCAUUGAGGAAGAGCCUGAGGUUCUGGAGGAGGAAGAAGAGCCUGAGGUGGAUGAGCCUGAAAUCAUUGAGGAAGAUCCUGCGGUUCCGGAGGAGGAGGAGGUUGCCUCAGUCGAGGAGGAGGAGGUCGCCCUAGUCGAGGAGGAGGAGGUUGCCCCAGUCGAGGAGGAGAAGGUUGCCCCAGUCGAGGAGGAGAAGGUUGCCCCAGUCGAGGAGGAGGAGGCCGCCCCAGUCGAGGAGGAGGAGGCCGCCCCAUUCGAGGAGGAGGAGGAGACCGCCCCAGUCGAGGAGGAGGCCGCCCCAGUCGAGGAGGAGGAGGCCGCCCCAGUCGAGGAGGAGGAGGCCGCCCCAAUUGAGGAGGAGGAGGAGGCCGCCCCAGUCGAGGAGGAGGAGGCCGCCCCAAUCGAGGAGGAGGAGGAGGCCGCCCCAGUCGAGGAGGAGGAGGAGGCCGCCCCAGUCGAGGAGGAGGAGGAGGCCGCCCCAGUCGAGGAGGAGGAGGAGGUCGCCCCAGUCGAGGAGGAGGAGGAUGCCGCCCCAGUCGAGGAGGAGGAGGAGGCCGCCUCCGUUGAAAAGGUAGAGGAAGCCGCCCAAGUCGAGGAGGAAGUCGCCGCCAUUGAGGAGGAAGCCGCACCAAUUGAGGAGGAGGUUGCUGAAGAGGCUGCCCCGGUUGAGGAAGUGGAUUCUCCCACAGAAGAAGCUGUUGAGGAGGAAGCCGCUGAGGAGGAAGUUGCUGCAUCAGUUGAGGAGGAAGUCGCUGUUGAGGAAGAGGAAGAAGAAGGAGACGCUGCACCAGUUGAGGAGGAGGCGGAAGAGGCAGAGGAGGAGCCAGCAACAGAGGAGGAAGAGCUGGUAGAAGAAACAGCAGCAGAAGAUUCAGAACAAACAGAAGAAGCAGAAUCAGAAGCUGAGUCAGAAGAAACUCAACAGGAGGAAGCUCUUCGGGAAGAGUUUGCAGAGGAAGCAGCUGAAGUAGAUGAGCUGGAGGAGUUGAUAGAAGAGCUUUCCCAGGCAGAAGAACAGAUGGAAGAUGAGCCAACAGUGAGGUCAGUAUCUUCUUUCCAUAGAAACGCAGAGCCUGCGGUCUCAGCGCGGUAAGACUGAUUGAGGACCAGCCCACAUCGCAUCCCACUGAGCGCAUGCAGCCGCGCUUUCCCACCUCCAGAGAAUGAAAAGCGCCAUCACGGCCUUCAACACUCUCUCCUAUUUGUCCUAUUUCUCACUCGCAUACCCAGAAACUUGUUUGUUUUUCUCACUUCCAGAACUUGUUAGAUUUUUUUCAUUUACCCUAUAGAUUUUUUUUUCUUCCCCUUUUCUUAUAAUGACAAGUAUCAAUGAAUUUCUCUUACCGAUGUAGGUAGAUAAUGGGAGGGUAGCUUUUCGCUAAUGGAAUGUAGUUUGUUUUCCAUUUCCUGUGUAUAGCAAGCAGAGGUACAUGUUGCUAGUCAAAGAACUUCACGUCUGAGCCGAGUUCAGUUUUGUUAAAUGUGAAGAUGCAAAGCUGCAGUUUUGUAUUACCAGUAUGUAUUGAGUCUACAUGUCAAGAUGUUGCAUAUCAAGGGCAAAGUUAUGCUGACAGGUGAACAGACGAGUCUGGUGAUGUAGGGUGAGUGUGUGAGCUUCCAUAUGUGUAUGACUGAGAAUGUGUAUAGAUGUACACUACAUGACCAAAAGUAUGUGAACACCUGCUCGUCGAACAUAUCAUUCCAAAAUCAUGGGCAUUAAUAUGGAGUUGGUCUCCCCUUUGCUGCUAUAACAGCUGCCACUUCACUCUUCUGGCAAGGCUUUUCUACUAGAUGUUGGAACGUUGCUGCGGGGACAUUCUUCCAUUCAGCCACAAGAACAUUUGUGAGGUUGAGCACUGAUGUUGGGCGAUUAGGCCUGCCUCGCAGUCGGUGUUCCAAUUCAUCCCAAAGGUUUUCGAUGGGGUUGAGGUCAGGGCUCUGUACAGGCCAGUCAAGUUGUUCCACACUGAUCUCGACAAACCAUUUCUAUAUGGACCUUGCUUUGUGCAUGGGGGCAUUGUCAUACUGAAACAGGAAAGGGCCUUCCCCAAACUGCUGUCACAAAGUUAAAGCACAGAAUCUGCUAGAAUUUCAUUGUAUGCUGUACCAUUAUGAUUUCCCUUCACUGGAACUAAGGAGCCUAGCCCGAACCAAUAAAAACAGCCCCAGACCAUUAUUCUGGGGCAGGUAGCAUUCUCCAGGCAUCCACUAAACCCAGAUUCAUCCUUUGGACUGCCAGAUGGUGAAGCAUGAUUCAUCACUCCAGAGAACGCGUUUCCACUGCUCCAGAGUCCAAUGGCGGUCCGCUUUACACCACUCCAGCCAAAGCUUGUCAUCGCCUAUGGUGAUCUUAGGCUUGUGUGUGGCUGCUCGGCAAAGGAAACCCAUUUCAUGAAGCUCCGGACGAACAGUUAUUGUGCUGACAGCACGUACAGUUGACUGGGGCAGCUCGAGCAGGGCAGAAAUUUGACUGACUUGUUGGAAAGGUGGCAUCCUAUGACGGUGCCACGUUUAAAGUCAUUGAGCUGUUCAGUAAGACCGUUCUACUUCCAAUGUUUGUUUAUGGAGAUUGCAUGGCUUUGUGCUCAAUUUUUAUUAACCUGCCAGCAACGGCAGUGGCUGAAAUAGCUGAAUCCACUAAUUUGAAGGGGUGUCCACAUACUUUUGUAUAUAUAGUGUAUGUUUGCGUGUGUGCAUUUUAUAGACUGUAUGUCUAUAAAACAAUCCUAUGAGCCGUAGUUCUCAUUAAGAUGCGUUUGAGACUCGUUUCAAUUUCAGUUUUGUUUGUUCCAACUCCUAGUACCUUGCUCUCACUGUUACUUCUUUAAUACUGAAAGUGUUUUUGACUUACUCAUACCUCCAGCCAGAACAGUGAACAUCUAACGGAACACAAUGAGUUAUCCCCAAGCCAGGCUUGUGUCCAUUUUUUUACUAUUUUAUUUAUUUUGUGGUCUUUUUUUUUUUUUUUACUGUAUUUGGGUUGGAUGUAAACUCUCCAAAUGGGAGAAAUGUUGGCAUAUGCCAUUUGUUCUGGGAAAAACUGAUUUUUACCUGGAGACUAAGGAAGGGCAUGUCUCAGAGUCUGGUAGUAACUCUUAGGUGCAGCUCAGUGUGGGCGUAGCUGUUAUGGGUUAAUGGUCCGACCCAACCCAGUGUCCUGAUAAAACAGGCUGCUGUGCAGUGUCCCAGGUCCUCCAAUAGAUAUGCUCUCCACACGCACACACGUGGUCCAACAGGAACAUGAUUAUUCGAAAUUCAUCAUUCAGUACACGUAAACUGUAAAAAAAUAUAUAUAUAUAUAUAUAUUUAAAGUCUGCGUCAGUAAUGUUCAUAAACUUUUGUUCCCUUUCUCUCUAAAUGUACAGUUCCACUUUCACUUGUAUAUUAACUGGCUCAAGCCCAGGGUAAGUGCUUCAUUUGGAACAAAGGUUUUUGAAUGUCUGUAAUUGUUGCUGAUUUAGCAGACACCCGGACCACCUCUUUUUGUCCCUCUGCAUGUGUUUCAGUGCGUGACCCCCCCCCCCCAAACCAACUGUUCAAAGAGAAACACUGUUGUACAUCUAGAAGGGACCUUGACAGUGUAACCUGCUUACUCUGUCCUAGCGACAUCUAACUCGACUUGUGCUAGUAUUUAAUAUUGAUGUUGUCGUUAAUGAUGUUGUCAUGGUUUGUUUUUACUACAAGGAUGAUGCUAGCUCAUGCUUUGAACUUAAGGCUGUAUGGUGAAGAAAAAGAAAAUUGAUUUCAUUUUUUUCAAGGAAACUCAGUCGUGUGCUUAGUUUGUGUUCCUCCAACGAUGUAAUGUUUCUGUGAAUUCAGAUGAGUGCGUUUUUGUUGUAGAAGUUUUCUGUACAUUGUGGUAAUAAGGGGCCUGCCGGAUGAUAUAAUGGUGAUAAGGUGAUGGACUGUAGGGAAUGCUGCAAUGCAAAUCUUCUCUGAGGAAACCAAAUAACGGUUUGUUUCGAUGUACACGAAAACAAGUGGUUGCAAUCUAGUUCUUAGGACUUAUUUUGUCUUUUUUCUAUAACACUAGUGGGUCUUUUUCUAUUACCUAACACUUUUGAAGUCAAUGUGAAUUUUUAACGUGGUGUUAAUUUUACAUUAUACAAAACUUUACAAGAUAGAUCUGUUCUAGAUUUUUAAAUAAAAAUACACUUUUUUAGGAUCAGACCUUUUUAAUUAUGAAAAUUUAAAUAAAUAAAAAGUGCUUCACUUUUUUCAAAGCCAUAUGUGACAGUUGAGGCUCUUCUGCUCAGAAUGGACUGUACUCCAAGGGAAAGACAUUCCACAACCAGCAGUAACCGAAAACAUCACUACAAUCUCAGUGUUUAUUUUUUAUUGCAGUUCACAUAUGAACAGGGGUUUACACACAAAAACAUGUUAUACAUAGAGGUAAACAUAGUAUCCAGCUGUAUAGGCUAACAGGUUUUCAAAUUAUUGUGAAAAUGCAUUCUGUAUGCAGAGUUGGACGGCUGUCACAGUUUCUAUAAAUCAGGGGUGUCGAACUCAUUCCAUGCAGGACCUAGUGUCUGCGGGUUUUAGGUUUUUUUCAAUGAGGACCUAGACACCCAGGGAGGAGCGAAAACCCGCAGACACUCAGCCCUCCGUGGAAUGAGUUUGACACGUGCUGUAAAUGUUCUGUUCGAGGGCUGCAAUAAAGGUUUGGGACAACA